AUCAUCAAAGUUAAGUUUUUUGAAAAGAAAAAGAAGAAAAAGAAACAAGUUUUAGUUAAAAGCAAAGCAAAAAGAAAGAAAUGGCAAAGAACCUCAACGCCGUCUGCUUCACCGUUCUAUUGCUUGUCCUCGUGAUGGCUUCAAGCGGAUUCCUCAAGAGCGAGGCUAUUAAGUGCGGUGAUCUAACCUGCCCUCCUUUCGCUUUCCACGAUGAGUGCCCGGCUGCGCACGGAACUACUGAUUCUAUUUGCUGCGACUGUUGUAUAAAGGCAUACGGGAGUGCAAAUAUCUGUUGGGCGAUUAUUGAGGGAACCGACAAGCAUUGCCAUUGCUACACAAAGGGUUGAAUUUGACAUAACCUCAUCUGAUUACCAAGUGUACCUUUUAUCCAUUCGGUGUGAGAGCACAUGACAUGUGUGUAUGUUUAUGUUCAAGUUUCUUUUGCUUCCAAAUAAAACAACAAGGGCAAAGCUUAUCAUUGCUUGUCCCUCCAGGU